ACACCCGUCACUUUAGUAUCAAUUUUUAAGUAUGGUUUUUUAAAUCUUUUCCGUUUUCUAAAUAAUUUUAGUUUUUAGAUUAAUUUUAUUACAGUGUUAUUAAAUAGUUUUAGAUUAUACAAUAAAUUAUGCCAGAAUGCGAGCCCUGUCCUGCUGCAGCGCCUUGCGCCCCAACUGCUGGAAUCAAAUCUGGUCCACGAGACGGAAAAGCAAUAGAUGGCAGGCAGGAGCAGUCCUGUCCUUGCAGGUCCUGCUGCUGUGGAAAACCGCCUAUUAUCAAACCGUGCUAUAAACAACCAAAGAUCCCGGACUCGUAUGCACCAAGGCGAUGCUACAUGAAACCUAGCGCUCCGGUAGAGUGUUGCACCACGUACAAGAUGUCGUACUUGCCUGUUGAUGGGUGCAAGAACCUUCGGGGUGAGGCCAGGAAACCAGCGCCCAACUUGGUGCCGAGCUGUGAGCCGAUGGAAUCAGGAACAGUCCAAAAGUUGUCGUUCCUGCCGAACCCAGUGUGCGUGACGCAGCCUAUACGACCCUGCCACCACGACAUGUGGGGUCAGGGACCGAUGCAGAACCUCACUACCCAACGACACGACUACGUGCCGAAGCCGUGCGUUCUCCGCGAGAGUUUCAAGCCGGCGCCGAAACUGCAUUGUGUGGAGACCCCGUUUGAAAAUCGAACAGUGAACAAGCUGUCCUACCUCCCGCCUGAUAAAAUUGAAUUGGCGAAAUCUUUUGCGCCGCAGCGAUGCUACGAGAAACCAGCUGCCAAGAUGGACUGUGCAACUACCCAUAAGAUGAGCUUUAUGCCUAACCAAGUUUUGGCCAAGGAGCCCUUACCCUGGGCAUGUAAGGGGCAGUACCAGAAGCCAUGUCAGAAGCUCGAAGACAACACGACUUAUACCAUGAGCUUCUUAAAUCCGGAUGGUGACUGCCGCCGCCGUGCUAUCAUCCCCAAUAGUUGCACCAAUCCAGUAACAGCUUCGAAACGUUUUGAGACUCAAACCGUCUAUAAGAACAGCUAUCUCCCGGCUACGGCAAUAAUUCCUCAGCCAGUCAAGCCAUUGCCGAACCUGGUGCCUUCUACAGCACUGAUGGAUGGUGACACGGUCCACAAGUUGUCGUUCCUACCGAACCCAGUGUGCGUGACGCAGCCGAUACGACCCUGCCACCACGACAUGUGGGGCCAGGGACCGAUGCAGAACCUCACGACCCAACGACACGACUACGUGCCGAAGCCGGCGGCGGUGCGAGAGUCGUGCAAGCCGCCGCACAAAUUCCACGCUGUCGAACAGCCAUUUGAAAAUCGAACGGUUAACCGAAUGUCGUUCCUGGACCCUGGUCGCAUAGCGCCGCCUAACUCCUUCGCACCAAGCAGAUGCUAUGAGAAACCCAACGCCAAAAUGGAGAGCGAGACAACACAGAAGAUGUCUUACCAGCCUGUAUGCGCGCCGGCGCCGCAAAGACCACCUUGGGCCUGCAAAGGACAGUACCAGAAGCCGUGUCAAAAGUUGGAAGGCACUACGGUGUAUCGCUCUUCGUUCCUGCCGCCUGGUGAAGACUGUACCGAAUACAUGGAUCCUUGCCAGUACGGUGACUGCAAACCUUGUUCCUGCAUAUGCCCAGCUGAAUGUAUAGCAACAGAUCCAUGCGCAUGCAACUUCCCGACGGCACAAUGCUGCGCGUAACACUUUGAUUGUCGUCAUUUGACGUGUCGGGUAUUCUAAGCAUGAUGUGUAAAUUAUUGUAAUGUAAAUACUACGGCUUCACUACCUCACCGUGUAACCCUGCUACCGCAUUAAUUACCGCUUAAAUUAAAAAUAAAGUAACGUGGUUACACUGGGGUUCAAUUUGCGAAAGAAGGCAGAAUUACUCCAUAUUGGAUGGCAUUGCUCAAUAAUGCCAUUAAGCAUACAUGCACCUAGGUAGCCCGUGAUAUGGUAUGGGAUGGAAAGGGAUGUUAUGGUUUGGUUUAUCGGGCAAAUUUCCGCACAAUGAAAAAUAUUUUGCGUGUGUGGGAAUAUAUUUGUUAUUCCAGAAACCUUAGCAACCUCCUCGCCUUCCUUUCCGGGAGUUUGUUUGGGGGUACCAAGAUGUUGAUCCCCGUAAGUCGCUACAAGUGGACAAUGCAAAAGUACAUGCACAGCCAAUUCUUCUGCCACCAUGGAAGCCCUGCACAGGGGGCUGACAGCUAUGCCUAUAUUAAAUAGAUGUUUAUUAUAAGGACUGCUUUAAUUAAAGCCAUAUAACCAUUGCCAUAUCACGGUAGUGAGGCCUUAGCGAAUGUAUUUUUUGAGGUUUUACGAGUUUUUUUUACAUCAGUUAAAGACUAUUUUACAACUAGUUUGAUAUGGAUAUGUAUUGUUAAUGUAUUUAAAUUUUAUUUAUCGGUGAAUAAAGUAGUUUGAGGAUU